AUGGCAGCAGCUUCUUUCCAUGCUCGCUCCAACAGUUUGCCUGCUAGAUCACACCCACUGGUCUCAGAAAUCGAUGAGCAAGUUUGCAGGUUGAGACAGUCUCAAGCUGCUUCCACAUCUUCAUCAUCGUCCAUAGGCCACAACUUGAACAGCCUUCAGGGUGUUUAUGAUUGUGUUGACCAGAUGUUCCAACUGCCAGCAACUCAACAAGCCCUGAUCAAUGACCAGAAGUGCUUCAAUGAGCUGUUGGAUGGGUCUCUGAGGCUCUUGGACUUGUGCAGCACUGCCAAGGAUGGUUUGUCCCAGAUGAAAGAGUCUGUGGCUCAACUUCAAUCCGCUAUUCGCAGAAAGCAAGAUGGUUUGGAAGGAGAAACCAGAAGGUACCUGAAAUCUAGGAAGUCUGUUAUGAAAACAAUCCAGAAGGUCUUGAAAGGUGUGGAAAACAAGAAAUCCACUCCAUCCAACAGCGUGGAGACGAUCGCCAUGCUUAAGGAAGCUGAAUCUGCUGUUGUUGAGGUUUUGGAGUGCUUGUUGACAUUCAUUUCUCAAUCAAGCUCCAAGCCAAGCAGCUGGUCAUUGAUUUCCAAGCUGAAAAAGGUUUCCACAGCAAGUGAGAAUGAAUUUGCAGACGUGGAUGCCUCUUUGAAGAUGAACAAAUCUAGUGAGGAGGUCCAAGUUCACCUGAAGAACUUGCAGCCGUGCAUUCAAGAUCUUGAGGAAGGAGUUGAGAGCCUCUUUAGGCGUUUGAUCAAAACAAGAGCCUCCAUUCUCAACAUCCACAAUCUGUAG